AUGUCUGUCAAACGACGAUUUACGAUCGAUGUUGAAUGCUUAUCAAAUCAAGAAGAAUCGGAAAAUUCGCCAAAAUUAAAUCAAACUAGACAAAAACGGUUUUGUCGACAAUUGAGCGAUCACAAUUGUGAAGAAUAUGAAUGGAUAGAUGGUUUUAACAAGGAACAGAAACAAUCUGAAAAUAUUCGAUUUUUUUAUAGUGGAAUUGAAAAGUUACCGUACAAGAUUGCGGAUAUUAAUUUAGCAGAAUUAGGUCGAAAAGCAUUGACAAUGGCUGAAGCAGAAAUGCCAGGAGUAAUGCAACUGAGAAAGAUUCAUGGUCAAAAGAAACCAUUGAAAGGUGUUCGUCUUGCUGGAUGUUUACAUGUUACAGCACAAACGGGAGUAAUGAUCGAAACAUUACAUGAAUUAGGUGCUGAAAUUCAAUGGAGUUGUUGUAAUCCAUUAUCAACGCAAGAUGAUGUAGCUGCAGCUUUAGUGAAAGCUGGUAUAGCUAUCUAUGCAUGGAAAGGUGAAACCGAUGAAGAAAAAUUAUGGUGUAUCGAUCAAACAAUCUAUUUUCCCGAUGGUCAACCAUUAAAUGCAAUAUUAGACGAUGGCUUCAAUUUAGCACGAAUUGUACACGAAAAAUAUCUACAUUUGACGAGUUUAAUACAUGGUAGUAGUGAAGAGACAACAGCUGGCAUAACAAAACUACGAAAAAUACUUAAAGAGCAAAAAUUAAAAUUUCCAGUUAUUAAUGUCAAUGAUAGUGUAACAAAAUCGAAAUUUGAUAAUAAUUAUGGAUGUGGCGAAAGUCUUAUUGAUGGUAUUAAACGUGCAACAGAUGUAAUGAUUGGAGGGAAAGUAGUAGUUGUAAUUGGAUAUGGAAAUGUAGGAAAAGGAUGUGCAAAAGCAUUGAGUGGUCUUGGGGCACGCGUCAUAAUUACUGAAAUUGAUCCAAUUUGUGCUUUACAAGCAGCAAUGGAUGGUUAUCAAGUAAUAACAAUGGCAGAAGCGUGUAAAAAAGGUCAAAUAUUUGUUACAGCUACUGGUUCAACUGGUUUAAUUCGUGGUGAACAUAUGAUGGAAAUGCGUGAUAUGGUUAUUUUAUGUAAUAUUGGUUCGGGUCAAACAGAAAUUGAUGUUGUAUGGUUAAAACAAAAUGCAGUGAAAAUUGAAAAUGUGAAACCACAAGUUGAUAUUUAUCAUUUGUCAAAUGGUCGUGCUAUUAUUUUACCUGCUGAUGGUCGUGUAGUAAAUCUUUCUUGUGCACAUGGCAAUCCUAGUUUCGUUAUGAGUAAUUCAUUCUCAAAUCAAAUUUUGGCACAAAUUGAAUUGUUUACAAAAAAAGGACAAUAUUUAAUUGGUAUUCAUACUCUUUCGAAAACUUUGGAUGAAGCGGUGGCCUCAGCACAUCUGGAAUAUCUGAACGUUAAAUUAGAUACACUAACACCGACACAAUCAACAUAUAUAGAUGUACAUCCUUUUGGACCUUUCAAACCUUAUUAUUAUCGAUAUUGA